GCGAAGCGAACAGUGCCGCCGCUCUUCUUUGUCCUCGCGGUGACUGACUGCAUAUGAUCCGCUGAAUGUACAUGAUUUAUUCAUCCGUUUACACCUUGUGUGCAUCAAACAGAAGACCUGAAGGAUGGUGUUAGUUCACGUCGGAUAUUUGGUUCUUCCUGUCUUUGGCUCAGUGAGAAAUAGAGGAUCUCAUUUUAACAGGCAUCAGCACAGUCAUGCUACCUCUUGCCGGCAUUUCCACGUAGGCCCGCAGGCCCAGAUCCCUGUUGAUUUCCCAAUGCCCCAUCCAGGACAAUCUCAGACAGGAAUGAGCCAUCACCUGGGCCCCGCUCACCAGCCCGCCGCGGCGCUACACCCCUCCCUUAACCACAUACCAGCGCCACCCUUUCAGGACAUCCCGGCCCCGCCCUUCCUACCUCAGGCUUUACACCAGCAAUACCUCAUCCAGCAGCAGAUCCUGGAGGCGCAGCACCGGCGGAUACUUCCACAGCCCAGCAGACAUGCUCCAGACAGAACCCUUCCCCAUCCACAGACGCUGCGGCCGCCGUAUGAAUAUCCUCCAUCCAUUCACAUUCCCCCACCGGUACCACAGCAGCCACGCUACCUUGCAGAAGGAACAGACUGGGAUCUGAGUGUGGAUCCAGGCCUGCCACAGUAUCACAUCUCUCCUCUCACACAACACUAUCAACAUUACCUGACCUCUCCACGGCUGCAUCACUUCCCCAGAAACACCACCUCCGCACAAGUGGUUGUCCAUGAGAUCAGAAAUUAUCCAUAUCCUCAGUUACACCUGCUGGCUCUUCAAAGCCUCAGUCCGUCUCGGCACGCGACGGCAGUGCGGGAGAGUUACGAGGAGCUCCUGCAGUUGGAGGACAGACUGGGAAAUGUGAACAGAGGCGCAGUGCAGGCCACCAUCGAGAGGUUUACCUUUCCUCACAAGUAUAAAAAGAGAAGACCCCUGGAGCUGAAGAUCGGCAUGGAUGAAGAGGAGCUCGACACGGAUGAAAAAUGCACAAUAUGUCUCUCAAUGCUUGAAGACGAAGAGGACGUCAGGAGAUUACCCUGCAUGCACCUCUUCCAUCAGGCUUGCGUUGACCAAUGGCUGGCGACCAAUAAGAAGUGUCCCAUCUGCAGGGUAGACAUUGAGACGCAGCUGUCGCCCGAUAGCUGAUGUCUGGUGUAGCACUAGCUGAAGUCGUCUUUCUUCGCCCCAUCUUGAGGGCGCCUUGCCAAAUGUGUGUCAUCUCCAUCACCUCUCACCUCUGACCUUUGCCUUCUGAGCCAACAGACGAUGUAGAACAGCGAAGACGAGAAGCACUGAGGACGGUCUCUGAACGUGUAUCUCGACAAAACGUUCUCUGAAUGUUCGACAUAUUACACGUGGUUGGCUGUGCACUGCAAAAUAAUGCUCAUUUAGGAGUUCUUGUCUUGCUUCUAGUCCAAAUAUCUAAAGAUUCUUAAAUCAGUUAGCAUUUUCUGGUCAAAUUCAAUUAGUUUUUAUUUCUGUAGCACUUUUUGAGCAAUGUAGAUUGUGUCAAAGCAAUCUAGUAAUCCAUCUAGUCAUCUAGUAAAUGCUUCAGUCCAGUUUUAUGUCUAAGAUCAACUCAAAUAUACUGUGUUAUUUUCAGAAAUAAUACCUCAAAAUUAAUUCAUUCAUUCAUUUUCAACUGCUUAUCUGGGGGCGGGUCGUGGGGGCAGCAGUCUUGAGAGAGAACCCCAGACUUCCCUCUGCCCAGACACUUCCUCCAGCUCCUCCGGGGGGAUCCCGAGGCGUUCCCAGGCCAGUCGAGAGGCAUAGUUCCUCCAGUGUGUUCUGGGUCUUCCCUGAGCUCUCCUCCCAGUGGGACAUGCCUGGAACACAUCCCUAGGUAGGCAUCCAGAAGGCAUCCGAAACAGAUGCCCGAGCCACCUCAGCUGACUUCUCAGGAUGUGGAGGAGCAGCGACUCUACUCCGAGCUCCUUCCGGGUGACAGAGCUCCUCACCCUGUCUAUCUAUUGGCCCUGCCACCCUGUGAAGGAAACUCAUUUCAGACGCUUGUAUCCGAGAUCUUGUCCUUUCGGUCAUGACCCAAAGCUCAUGACCAUAGGUGAGAGUAGGAAUGAAGAUUGACCGGUAAAUCGAGAGCUUUGCCUUUCGGCUCAGCUCCUUAUUUACCACAACCGCAUUACUGCUGCCGCUGCACCAAUCCGCCUGCCAAUCUCACACUCCAUCCUUCCCUCAUUCGUGAACAAAACCCUUAAGAUACUUGAACAUUCCAACCUGGAGAUGACAAACACCUUUUUCCGGUGGAGCACCAUGGCCUUUGACUUGGAGGUGCUGAUUCUCAUCCCAGCCACGUCACAAUUGGCAGCAAAGCGCCCCAGUGCAUGCUGAAGGUCCAUGUUUGAUGAAGCCAACAGAACAACAUCGUCUGCGAAUAACAGAAAUGAAAUCCUGUGGUCCCCAAACCGGACCCCCUCCAGCCCAAGGUUGUGCUCUGAAAUUCUGUAAAAGUUAUGAACAGAAUUGGUGACAAGGGGCAGCCCUACCGGAGCCCAACAUCCACUGGAAACAAGUCUGACUUACUGCCGGCAAUGUGAACCAGACUACUCUGUUCAUACAGGGACGAGACAGCCCUUAACAGAGCGCCUCUGACUCCAUACUCCCCGAGCACCCUCCAAAGAAUGCCAUGAGGGACACUGUCGAAUGCCUUCUCCAAGUCCACGAAACACACGUGGAUAGUUGGGCAUACUCCUAUGAACCCUCGAGCACCCUGGUGAGGGUAUAGCGCUGGUCCAGUGUACCACGGUGUGGAUAAAAACCACAUUGUUCCUCCUGAAUCCUAGGUUCAACCAUCGGCUGGAUCCUCCUGUCCAUCACCCUCAAAAUUAAUAGUUUUUUCUGCCAGUGUUAUGAGUAAAAUAAACAUAUUCCACAUUGAAAACAUUCUUUUAUUCACUUACCCUACUAGUAUAUGGUCUUGUUUUAAAGGAAACCCCCAUUUUCAAUCAUUAUUUCUAAAACAACAUGUUUUAUCUAUGCAGGAAAUUAAUUGAUUUAACAAUUUUAUAUAUUUGGACUAGAAACAACUAGUAAGAGAGGCAUUUACUUUGCAAAUCAACAGUCGAAUUUGUGAAGUUGCUAGCGAACGAGAGUAGAAUAAUGACCCUGUGUUUAAAAAAAAAAAAACAUAACAAGCUGUCGUCGUCGUCGUGUCUGUAAUUUUUGGAGGUGAUGCUUGACGUCCGUAUGUAACCGUGAGGACAGGCUUGAUAUGAACUGUGAGUCCGCAUUUUGUCCAACGCUUGGAAACGAAUCCAUCAAAUGCAUGUUGAAAGGCUGGGGGUAAAUCUGCCGAGAGGUCGACGUGCAUGAGGACGUUUCUUACGCGAUAUACACUGUGUUCUCGAUGCGUCACCACGAGUGAAACAUGUACCUUAAUGCCUGUAGCACAAGCACACGUCGAAUAGUAUCGGCAUAACUCCGUGUUUCCAUUCGCUCCGUGACUCGUGGUCUCGCUUGGUCGUACAAUAGAGUCAUAAUGUGCAUGAAACCUGUUUGCUGCCAUUUCUAGAGGACAUGACAAGGGAGUAAAGCCAUUUGUUUUAUAGUAAACCAAACAUAACUUUUCUAAGCUGUUCUUCACGAUCGCUCCUGGUUUAUUUCCUCUUUUUUUUUCCUACGGUUGCCAACCUGUGCGCGGGGCUGGUACCUCCGGCUUCUCGACAUAAGUAGCUGGGAAAAAAAAAACGUAAAUGAGAUAUUUAUUGUUGUCUUAAUGUAGCUAGGUGGUUAUUUUCGUAAAUGCACUCACUUUCUGAUGAGGUCGUGUCCGAUUUUCUUCUCUUUCCCUGCUUUUGCACUCAGUUUCCUUGCGUAUUGUGCACUUCAUCCAAAAGAGAGAGGAAAAAAAAUGUACAAGGGAACGCACAUUUAAUUAUUUUGUUUGUUGGUUUUUGCGUAACGAUAGCUCACUGACCACUUUUAAUGUACGUGACUGUUUUCUGUAGCAUUUCAGAUGUUUAAUGAAAUAUCGAUGAAUCUAAUUGUUUUGCUUUCGCAACUUUCACACAAUUCAAGCGUUCAGCUGCUUGGAGCGGAAGCCAGGAAGUUGGAAGCGCGUUUGUUUGUUUUUUUCGGUCACGAAUCUUUUCUCAUCGUCUGUCUGCGUUUUAUAGUUUACACAUGAUAUCGUGCGUCGAAAUGCCUUAAGUAUUUAACAAUCAUAAUUUAUGACUAACUUUACCUACUAUGGGUGCGUUUUUAAGUUCCGAACUAGUAUCGCAAUGUAACCAAGUCGGUUUAUUUAUUUACGUCAGCAUAAUAAUAAUAACGUGUGUAUAAAUACCUCAUGUGCUAUACUUUAAUGGGAGUGCUUUGCAUGCGGUUGUACGUAAAAAGGGGCGUAAGUGUCAAAACAAGCUUAAAUAAAAGAAAAAAAAGCCCAUGAGGGCGUGCUGAAACGUGCUAGUAUGUGGUGCUGUAGUUUUUGGUUACAUUCCAUUAAUGCAAUUCUCAACAGAGUCGUUCAGCUGUGCGCUCAAACUGUUCAAUGGACUGGAAUUGUUCGUUCUUUUGCAUGUCUCUCCUGUUUUUUGCACUCUCGGCUUUGCUGCCCUCUCACUGGCAUCCGGCGAACAGCGUCUGCGAUCCGUGAAUCUGUUUUCUCAGUGUUUUCAGUAGUGAGGAGUGAGUUCAGCGCUUACUGUGAUUGAUUAUAGCUGCUUGUCUUGUGCCCAUCUGGCUUUAACUUUUGAUUACGGCCGGCCAUUGUACGCUGUAUUGAAGUGAUGCUUAUUUUAAUUUCGUUUAAUCCCCACUCUAUUAGUAGCACAUUUGCGUUCUUUCGUUUCGUAUCGGUACUUGGUAAAACGAGGGGCUUUAAAUGUCUGAAUGCGUUAUUGCAGGUUGUGUUGUGGUACAUUCUAGUGUAGCUGCCGUACGUUUGUCAAAUUUCAGGUUAUUUAGCUUCGAUCCCCUUAUUAUAAUAAUCAAUAAUCAAUAAUCAACCGAUACGUUAAUUUCUGUGGGAUUUUAAACACCGAUACGGCAGAUAACUGUUAUUUCCAGUGAAAUAAUUGCUUUUAUCUGCCAUACGAAUCAAUCUGGAAAUGCUCAUUGUUUUAUAUAUGCCUGUUAUGAACAUACACGCCGAUAUAGGAAAAAAGAAA